AUGUUUACCAAAUACUUCUUAAACUACGGAAAAACAGGCGUGAUAUUCUGUUAUAGGCAUUACUCGAAUAGGAAUGUAUUGAAAUUGAAAGAACGCGGCAUGUUCGAGGAUAUAUUUCCAGAUAACGCGGCGAAUGUGGUAACAGACGUGUUAAACGCCCGUCCUCAAGUAGUAUACGCUGGAUUCGAUCCUACAGCUAACAGUUUACACGUCGGGAAUUUAUUAGUGCUAAUUAAUUUAUUGCACUGGCAACGGGGCGGUCAUCACCCUAUUGCUGUGGUAGGAGGAGCAACCGCAAAAAUAGGAGACCCUAGUGGACGUACGAAAGAACGAGAAGAAAUCGCAAGAACAAUUAUAGAAGAAAAUAUAACAGGACUUUGUAGUAACAUAAACGCGAUUUUUAACAACCACGAAAAGUACUUUUGGAAAGAUACAACCAAGUUGGAGCCUCUUAGAAUACUAAACAACGAAAGUUGGUACCAAAUAAUGAACCCCGUAGAGCUAAUAGGCGGUGCCGGUAAGUACCUACGAAUGGGCACCCUGUUGUCGAGGACCAGCGUUCAAAACAGAUUGCAAUCGUCGAGCGGAAUGAGCUUCACAGAAUUCAGCUAUCAAUUAUUCCAAGCCUACGAUUGGUUGCAUUUGUUCAAGAAGCACAAUUGCACGUUUCAGAUAGGAGGUAACGAUCAAAUGGGCAACAUCAUGUCGGGUCACGAAUUGAUCAGUAAAAUUUGCAAUAAGCAAGUUUACGGUCUUACUCUACCGUUAGUUACAACAGAAAUGGGGGAUAAAUUUGGUAAAUCAGCUGGUAACGCGGUGUGGCUUAGUAACGAUCAAACAUCAGAUUUUACAUUCUACCAAUUCUGGAUAAGACAACCGGAUUCGGAGGUGGAAAAAUUCCUAAAACUCUUCACUUUCGAUACACUAGGCAGUAUAAACGAUUUGAUGAGAAAACACAAAGAACAACCUCAAUUGCAGUUACCCCAAAAACGCUUAGCCGAGCAGGUGACGUUGUUAGUUCGUGGGGAAGAAGGUUUAGCGAAAGCUCAGGCAGCCAGUAAAGCUCUUUACGAAGGCAGCGUGACAGCUUUAGGUGAAAUGCAUCCUAAAGAAAUAUCCGAAACUUUCCACGGUGCUACUAUCGUAGAGGUGCUCUCGGAGGCCGGUCAAAGUAUUUUAGAUGUAGCCAUGAAAGCUGGCUGUUUUCCUACCAAACAGGAUGCCAUAAGGAUAAUAUCGGCAGGGGGUUUCUACAUUAACCAGCAACGGGUGAACAAUCCGAGCGAAAUAGUGAAUUUAAAUAUACAUAGAUUGAAAAAUAACACUUCUUUACUUAGGGUAGGCAAAAGGAAUUAUUACAUUGUGAAAUGGUUGUUGUAA